GGUUCAGUAGCUGCGUAGCGCCCUUUCUCUCUCCUCCUCCCUUCCUACUUAAAUAGUCUCGAGUGCCGCUGUGUGUGCUCUUCUACUUUUGCUUCUCUCUCUCCUCCUCUGCUCCUUCUCCCUCCCUUUCUUCGUCUCCAAUUGCGGCAGUAGUAGGUUGGUUGGUCUGUUGGUGCUGUUCUUCCAUUCUUGAUGAGAGUUUCGGUUCUUGAGCAGCUCUUCGAUUAGACAAGUGAGGCAAUCCGCUCCACCGACAUGUGAAGGUAGCUGUUCAAGAAUUCGGCGGCCUUCUUCUCCAUUGUCUGCUUCUCUUCUUCCUCGCGAGAAUCGACGCGCGCGACUUGGAGCCAUGGCCGCCUCCACGACGGCGGCCGCGUGGCUCCUCCUCGUGGUGCUUCUCCCGCUUCAGGUGACGGUGCCCGCCAUUGCCGCCGGAGAGGACGAGGCGGCGGCGCUGCUCGCCUUCAGGCGGGCGUCGGUGGCGGACGACCCGCGCGGCGCGCUCGCGGGCUGGGCCGGUGCGAACUCCACCGCGGCGCCGUGCUCGUGGGCCGGCGUGUCGUGCGCGCCGCCGCCCGACGGCCGUGUCGUCGCCCUCAACCUCAGCGGCAUGGCGCUCGCCGGCGAGCUCCGGCUCGACGCGCUCCUUGCGCUCCCUGCGCUCCAGCGCCUCGACCUCCGCGGCAAUGCCUUCCACGGCAACCUCUCGCACGCCGCGGCGUCGCCUUCGUCCUCGCCCUGCGCGCUCUUGGACGUGGACCUGUCGUCGAACGCCUUCAACGGGACGCUCCCGCCCGCGUUCCUGGCGCCGUGCGGCGCGCUGCGGUCCCUGAACCUGUCGCGGAACGCCCUCUCCGGCGGCGGCGGGUUCUUCCCGUUUGCACCGUCGCUCCGGUCGCUCGACCUGUCACGCAACGCCCUGUCGGACGCCGGCCUUCUCAACUACUCCGUCGCCGGCUGCCACGGCCUGCACCACCUCAACCUCUCCGCCAACCAGUUCGCCGGGCGGCUGCCGGAGCUCCCCCCGUGCAGCGGGCUCUCCGUGCUCGACGUGUCCUGGAACCACAUGUCCGGCGAACUCCCCGCCGGGCUCGUGGCGGCAGCGCCGGCGAACCUCACGCACCUGAGCAUCGCCGGGAACAACUUCACCGGCGACGUGUCGGCGUACGACUUCGGCGGGUGCGCCAAUCUUACGGUGCUGGACUGGUCCAACAACGGCCUGAGCGGCGCCAGGCUGCCGCCGGGCCUCGCCAGCUGCCACCGCCUUGAGACGCUGGACAUGUCCGGCAACAAGCUCCUCGCCGGCCCGAUACCGGCGUUCCUGACCGGCUUCUCCUCGCUGCGGCGGCUGGCAUUGGCCGGCAACGAGCUCUCCGGUCAGAUACCUGAUGAGCUCAGCCAGCUGUGCGGCAGAAUUGUUGAGCUGGACUUGUCGAACAACCGGCUUGUCGGUGGCUUGCCGGCGAGCUUCGCCAAGUGCAGGUCACUGGAGGUGCUUGACCUCGGUGGCAACCAACUCUCCGGUGACUUUGUGGACACUGUCGUCAGCACCAUCUCCUCGCUCCGUGUGCUCCGGCUUUCGUUCAACAACAUCACUGGGCCGAACCCGCUGCCGGUGCUGGCAGCGGGUUGCCCAUUGCUGGAGGUAAUCGACCUCGGCUCCAACGAGCUUGACGGUGAGAUCAUGGAAGACCUCUGUUCAUCACUGCCAUCGCUGCGGAAGCUGUUCCUCCCGAACAACUACCUCAAUGGCACCGUGCCAAAGUCGCUCGGCAACUGCGCCAACCUGGAGUCCAUUGAUCUCAGCUUCAACUUCCUUGAAGGCAACAUUCCGACCGAGAUAAUGGCGCUGCCGAAGCUGAUCGAUCUUGUCAUGUGGGCCAACGCCCUCUCCGGCGAGAUUCCAGACAUGCUUUGCUCCAACGGCACUACAUUGGAGACACUGGUGAUAAGCUACAACAACUUCACCGGAGGCAUCCCCCCUUCCAUCUCCAGAUGUGUCAACCUCAUCUGGGUGUCACUCUCCGGCAACCGUCUCACCGGCACCAUGCCCCGGGGCUUCGGCAAGCUCCAGAAGCUCGCCAUCCUGCAGCUCAACAAGAACCAGCUCUCCGGCCGUGUGCCGGCAGAGCUCGGCAGCUGCAACAACCUCAUCUGGCUUGACCUCAACAGCAACGGCUUCACCGGCACGAUACCGCCGGAACUGGCCGCCCAGGCAGGGCUUGUUCCAGGGGGAAUCGUGUCAGGGAAGCAGUUCGCGUUCCUCCGGAACGAGGCAGGCAACAUCUGCCCCGGUGCCGGCGUGCUCUUUGAGUUCUUCGGCAUCCGGCCGGAGCGGCUGGCUGCCUUCCCAAACGUGCACCUCUGCCCAUCCACGAGGAUCUACACCGGCACGACGGUGUACACGUUCGGCAGCAAUGGGAGCAUGAUCUUCCUCGAUCUCUCCUACAAUGGCCUCACCGGCGCAAUCCCGGCGAGCCUCGGCAGCAUGAUGUACCUGCAAGUCCUGAACCUGGGGCACAACGAGCUCGAUGGGACAAUACCAUACGAGUUCUCAGGGCUCAAGUCGAUCGGCGCACUUGACCUCUCAAACAAUCGUCUCAGUGGUGGCAUCCCCUCCGGCCUUGGUGGCCUGACAUUCCUCGCCGACUUCGACGUCUCCAACAACAACCUGUCUGGUCCAAUCCCCUCAUCAGGCCAGCUCACCACGUUUCCGCAAACCCGGUACGCGAACAACUCUGGCCUCUGUGGCAUCCCUCUGCCUCCCUGUGGCCAUGAUCCCGGUCGGGGAGGCGCGCCAUCUGCUUCAUCCGAUGGCAGGAGGAAGACCAUUGGGGGAAGCGUUCUUGUCGGAGUCGCACUCACCAUCCUCAUACUGCUGCUGCUGCUGGUCACACUCUUCAAGCUCAGGAAGAAUCAGAAGACUGAAGAGAUGAGAACCGGGUACAUUGAGAGCCUUCCGACAUCCGGCACAUCGAGCUGGAAGCUUUCGGGUGUGCACGAGCCUCUAAGCAUCAACGUGGCCACGUUUGAGAAGCCGCUCAGGAAGCUCACCUUUGCGCAUCUCCUCGAGGCGACUAAUGGCUUCAGUGCAGAGACCCUCGUAGGCUCAGGGGGUUUUGGUGAGGUUUACAAGGCCAAGCUCAAGGAUGGCACUGUCGUGGCCAUCAAGAAGCUGAUCCAUUUCACAGGCCAGGGGGACAGGGAAUUCACUGCAGAGAUGGAGACCAUUGGUAAGAUCAAGCACCGUAAUCUUGUGCCGCUGCUCGGGUAUUGCAAGAUUGGCGAUGAGCGGCUUCUAGUGUACGAGUACAUGAAGCAUGGCAGCCUUGAUGUUGUUCUGCAUGACAAGGCCAAGGCUAGUGUGAAGUUUGACUGGGCUGCAAGGAAGAAGAUUGCAAUUGGUUCGGCAAGGGGCCUCGCAUUCCUGCACCACAGCUGCAUCCCCCACAUCAUUCACCGGGACAUGAAGUCGAGCAAUGUGCUUCUUGAUAGCAACCUGGAGGCGCGUGUUUCUGACUUUGGGAUGGCCAGGCUGAUGAACGCACUUGACACACAUCUGAGUGUGAGCACACUUGCAGGCACGCCUGGGUAUGUGCCACCUGAGUACUACCAGAGCUUCCGGUGCACGACCAAGGGCGAUGUCUACAGCUAUGGUGUCGUGCUCUUGGAGCUCCUAUCGGGGAAGAAGCCGAUUGAUCCUAAUGAGUUUGGAGACAACAACCUUGUUGGAUGGGUGAAGCAGAUGGUGAAGGAGAACAGAAGCAGUGAGAUCUUCGAUCCUACCCUGACAAACACAAAGUCAGGGGAAGCUGAGCUCUACCAGUACCUGAAGAUCGCUUGUGAGUGCCUUGAUGACCGGCCAAACAGGAGGCCAACCAUGAUCCAGGUCAUGGCAAUGUUCAAAGAGCUGCAGCUUGACUCCGACAGCGACUUCCUGGACGGCUUCUCAAUCAAUUCUUCGACGAUAGAUGAAUCAGCAGAGAAAUCAACAUGAUGGUACCUAUUCCUUGCAGAUUUUGAUUCUCUGGAGGGAUAGAACAGCAGCUAGCUCAAUCAUUUUAGCUCCCAGUAGCAAAAGGUAGUCUCCUUCAAUUUAGUAGGAAAAGUUUUAGUUUCGAUUCUGUGUCACUGUAAAUAGCACACAAACGCGCGAGCAGGGAGAAAAGGGUAGGAUAAAACUGCAGAAGAGCUGUCUUCUUUCUGUUGGAGGACAUCGGCGUGUAUUUUGGAAUCAAAUUCCCCAGUGUUUCGGCAUCAAUCUUGUUGGGGAUGUGAUUCAGAUCCUGCUUUUCUGCACCUGCUUAUGUUCAGUCCUUUUCCUUGUCUGCACCUCAACUUUCAUGUAUGAAUGCCAUAAUUGUCUUGCAGCUUGGUGCAGCA